AUGUUCUUGAUAAAAUCGCUUUUGUUAUCCUUUGUUGCAUCUAUCCACUGUAGCUCCAUAUACUCAAGUGUUCGUAUUUUUAACUUUGAAUGUGCAAAUCCCAUUCAUCAGGAAUUAGACAUUGUGCAAGCAUUGAGGCCCAAUUUGAAAACACAUUUGCAAUUUGGCUACAUUUAUAGCAUGAAUAGCCCAGAACUUGAUAUGAGUGCAGACAUAUCUAUCGAACAUCUUGCCCAGAACAAUUGGAUCCCUUCCAAAGUCCCAGCCAUUUUGUCUGGCAUCUCUUAUAGCGAAUCAAGCCCCAAACUGAUUUUAACAAGCCGUAUUAGCAAGAGCAAUGCCAACAAGUUGGAUCUAGCUUCGCUUGACUCUGUGAAUAUUGAGUUCGGUACAUUUGGCUAUGAUAAAUCAAAAAAGAAGUGGCAUAGUAGUUUGAAGACUGGUAGCCUCGGGGGCAUUCAGGGAAAGGUGACAAAAUCAAAGAUUGUAUACCAACAAGAUGGAAGAGAUUCUCACUAUGAGCUUGUGAUGGAGAUGGUUCCAUUAAAAAAUGAUGAUCAAGUACAGUAUUUGAGCUAUGCCCAUGAUGGCUUAUCAAGUGAUUUGCGUAUGAAAUGGGGUGGUUUUGCUAGAAAUCAGUGCAGUAAAGUAGUCAAAACUAGUGCUUCCAGUAGAAGAGAUUAUUUCAACGAAAUCAUUGAAAGCGCUGUAUUAUUAUAA